UGUAAAUAAAGCUGGUUAGCGCGCAGAAUUUGUUCUUAGUUCCAGUAAAUGAAUCUUUUAAUAAAAUAUUUUUGGUGAAGGUCUUCACUAUUCCUAUCUCGUAUUGUGGUAGGCCAUGGGUAUCCAGGGAUUAUUGCCAUUCCUGAAGAAGAUUCACCAGCCGGUGAACGUGUCACAGUUUGCGGGAUGUACUGUCGCCAUAGACGCCUACUGCUGGCUGCAUAAAGGGGCAUUCUCAUGUGCAGAGAAAUUAGCUCUGGGAGAGAAGACAGAUCAAUACGUUUACUACUGCAUGAAGUUCAUCAACUAUCUCCUUUCAAAGAACAUCAAGCCGGUCAUGGUCUUUGAUGGUGGUCAUCUGCCUUCAAAGAAAUCUGUGGAAAAGGCUAGGAGAGAGAAAAGAGACCUGAAUCGCAAGAAGGCUGCUCAGUUUUUGAGAGAAGGCAAGCGUGCGGAAGCCCGAGAGUGCUUACAGCGAUGCAUUGACAUUUCACCUGAGAUGGCCUUGGAACUCAUGAAUGCAUGCCGUGACCGUGGUGUGGACUGCAUAGUUGCGCCAUACGAAGCCGAUGCCCAGCUUGCAUAUCUGAACAAGAUAGGAAUCGCCCAGGUCAUCAUUACAGAGGACUCAGACUUGCUGCUGUUUGGCUGUGAGAAGGUCCUGUUUAAAAUGGACCACUCCGGAAACGGCGUUCUGAUAGAGCAGCGACGACUCAACGAGGUUUUGGAGAUACAGACGGAUACAUACACGUUUGACAAGUUCCGCUAUUUGUGUAUCCUCUCUGGGUGCGACUACCUUGCAUCUCUCUCUGGUAUCGGACUUGCAAAGGCGAACAAGGUGUUCAAGAUUGCACGCCAGAGUGACAUUGAACAGCUUUUGAAAAAGCUAUCUACCUACCUGAAAUCAAACAUCACAGUUCCGCAAGAGUACAUAGAUGGCUUUGUAGCAGCAAACAACACUUUCCUCUAUCAGCUGGUGUUUGACCCCUUGAAACGGAAGCUGGUACCUCUGACCCCUUAUGCCCCAGAUGUGGACCCCUCUUGUCUGCAUUAUGCUGGGGCUUACAUGUCAGAUAACAGGGCUCUGCAGGUUGCCCUUGGAAACAUCAAUAUCUACACUGGGGACAAGUUUGCAGACUUUGAUCCUGAUACUUUUGUGGCAAAGUACAAUAAGAAGAAACCAGAGAUGUUACACCUGCAUAGUAUCUGGAGUCGUGGUUACCGUGUGAAACCCAGGGCAGCACUUCAUGAUGUUCAGAUGCCAGACAGGCCCAUCUUACUAGGGAAGGAGAUUGCAGUGAAGGCCUCCUUGAGACGGAGCCCGAGAAAACGGGUUAGAGAAGCAGAGGACGGUGAGGAUGUGCGGUCGGAUACAGAGCUGUCCAGUCUGUAUGGAGAUGUGAGUCCUGCUACUAAGAAAACACGAUCAGAGGACAUUGACGAUGACCUGCAUAGGUUUAUGUUUGCAGCCGCAGAUGAAACUGGUGAACCAUCAAGUAUUGAAGAAGAUGUAGAAGAAAAGGAAGAGGAACUGAUUACAGCAACUGUGAAAGUGAAACCCAAUCCAGAAUUCUUCAAUUCCCUAAGUGAGGCUCACCCAGAGUUACUCACAACCAGUCCAAGAAAGAGGUGCACCAGUCUACCAGAGGAAAAUAAGGAAAAUGGAAUUAAAUCACCCACAAGAAAUAUCUUUGCACUGAAGUCACCGGACAAAAAAUACCGAUUUAAUUUAAAUGCAUCCAAGCCAAAGGAAGUCAAGAGCAGGUUUUUUGCAGCAGGCGACAAAAAUCAAGUACAAAAAAACCUUGGUGACUAUCGCCCAGUGCAUUCCAAGCCACUCAAUGAGGGGUCUGACACAGCAGUGUCUAUCUCUAGUAAUCCCUUCACAUCACCUCGGAAAUCAACAAAACAAGAGCAGUCAAUGAGUGCAUCAGGAAAGAAAUCAGCCAAAAGUCCUGCCAAACCAUUCAAAUUCUCAAAACAUUCACCUUCCUCCAGUACAAAAGGUUCACCGGCUUCAAAUUCAGCAUUCAGUUGGUCCAGUUUUAAGUUUAAUCGGCAAAAUAGUCAUGAAUCUUUGGAAUCUUCACCGUCAGUGUCAAAACCUUUCAAAAAAGUUGUCUCAAAAACUGAUAAUAGCACUGGGUCAGAAUCUACUCAUAAUUUAAAUUCCUCACAUUCAAUAGAUGAACUACAGAGUUUAAGUGACACAGGUUCAAUUGGUGAACACCAAAAUCCUGAACUUGGUGACUCGGGCCAAAGCAUGGAUCCUGCCAAGGACAGUUACCCGUACAGCAUUGACUCCAUGGGCGGGUGUUCUCAGAUUCAAUCGGAGCUUGGCAGUCAGAAAUCACUACCAAGCCUUCCUUCAUUAAGUCAAGACUGUGAUAUGGACAGCAAUAAUUCCUCUGAAGAUGCAGCAACAGAUAGAAAAGAACGAACACUGAACAAGUUCUUUACACCACUGUCACAAAGCAUUGGUGAUGUGAAUGUCAAUGGGAGGCAUACAAACUGGCCACUGUCUCAAAGCACAAAUGUCCAGGGCUCGCAGAUUUCAAGUACAGCCAAUUCUGAGAGUCCAGGAAGCAGAGUUGUGUUUGUCAUAGAAUCAGACGAGGAGGAGGAUACUCAAUCUGAGAAAUCAGGAUUCAAUUCAAAACAGAAGACUGCCCAGAAAGCUCUAAAGCCAGAGGCAGUUAAACCAGGAUGCCGUGUGUCUGGAUUGUCUCGCAAAUCCCGGAAGAGCUCGAGCACAGGGGCCUUAAACAGCAAGGAUCAGCCAAAGCUGCGGGACAUGUUUGCCAAGUUCGCACACAGUACCAAGCCAAAGCUCAUUCAUGAUAGCUAGCAGGGUUUCCAUGUAGGAAGGAAGGCUUUAAACAUUUGUGCAAGGAGCAGACUGUUUACACCUCUACAGAGCUAGAUGUCUGAUCGAUGUCCAUGUUGAGCUAUGCGGAAUGUUGAGGAAUGUCCUGGCUGAGCCGUUAUGUCGCCCAGGCUGAACACAUGCUUUGAAUUUGAGAAAAGGUGGACAAAAAAUUGAAUGACAGUGAACAUAUAAAGGAAAUUAUGAAGAACCCUUUGUUAGUCAGCCCACAGGGAAUUCUAGUGUUACAUUUAGGGGAACACUGCAAGGUUAUGGGAUGCACAGAACCUAACAUACUUUUGUGAUUAUUUGACAUAACUGUGCUGAAAUCUGAUUUGAAAGAAAUGGUUAUAUCGGAUGUGGCAUCAUUAUUGCAAUAAUGAUAUAAAAAAAAUAUUUGGUAGUAUGCAUUUGAUUAAAUGUAUAGUAAGAAUUAUGUUAUGUAUUGAACUUCAGUUUCAUGAUUUAUUAUCCUGCAUGAAUUAAAAUCUCAGUUACCGGUA